CAACCUUUCUCCGGGUGAUCUUCCUAGGAGCGGAUCUCUGCAGAGGCGCGCGGUGAAGGUGAACUUGGUUUGCACACCAAGCGUUUGUAGUCUACAGGCAGAUUCCUUGGGUAAGUUGGACCAUCAUGUGGAAUGGUUCAAGAUCUGGCCCACGGGGAGGAAUGCCUUUUCGUGGGGACCAUCGAGGGGAGAUGUUUGAAGGAAGAGAUGGGCCGAUGCCUGGCUUCAGAGGACGAGAUGGUAUGAACAUGGGCGCUGGGCUUCUGGACCGGCCUCCAAUGGACAUGAGGAGGUUUGACUGCCCUCCAGAUAUGAUGGGGCGAAACAUGGGUCUUCUGGACAGAGGAAGAGACCAUCCCAGAGACUUCUUCAGGCCUGGAGAUGAGCCCGAUGUAAACUUCAGAAGACAUUUCGAGGCGGAAGGGAGGAAUAACCAGCUCAAUGCUCCAGGGUUUAUGGGGCAGGGCAGGCCUCCGAUGGACAUGGGAGGCAGAGACAUGCCGCACAGAGGAAUGAGGGGCCCUGAAGAUGAGUUCAUGGACAUGAGAGAGAGGGACAGGUUCAGGAUGGACAUGCCAGGUUACAACAACAACAUGCCUCCCAUGGAUGUUAGGAGAAGGGGUGGUAUGGAGCAAGUAGGGAGAAAUGAUAAUUUAAGAGACAGAGAGAGGUCACACAUGGGUAUGAACGAUAUCGAUGGGUUCAGUAUGGACAUGCCUCCUCGGGAAAGACCAGGGAUGGACUUCGAGAGGCGAGGUUUCGCGCCUUCGUUGAAUCCUAGAGGAAGGUUUGAGUCUGAUAUGGAUUUUAGGAAUCGUAUGGGGGGAUCUGGAGAAUUUCGUGACCGAUCCCCGAUGUUUCGGGAGAAUGAUGGCGCGCCAAUGGACGUUAGAGGAAGACCAGAUAUGUCGAGGGAUGAUCGCAGAGGUCAGGAUAAAUCAAUGCUCAGAGAACCGACUUUAAGGGACCGGGAGUUCCCCGAGCCAGAUAAUCCAGAUGAAUUUGGAGAUGAUGAUGAGAAGUCACUGUCUGAAGAGUGGCACAAGCAAAGCAUGAGAGACAGAGACACCUUUUCACCAAUGAUGAAUCGAGGAGGUUCAUCUUUCCCCAGAGACAUGAACGAGCGAUUUGUGCCUGGUCACGGCAAGGAAGGGGAUUUAGGAGAACCCAAAUUCAAUGAUAGAGAGAGAGAUCGGCCACCUAUUGAGUUUCCAGGCAAAGACUGUGGACCGUUCUCUCGACCUGAGAGAGACGGUCCUCUGGGUCCUCUGGGUCCUUUGGGUCCUGUGGGUCCUGGAGGUCCUGUAGGUCCUGGUGCCCAAAGCUGGGAUAAGAACAUUCCUUCUGUUUUCCCAGGCAGAGAACCACCUCUCUCCAUUCAGAAACCUCCACUCCUUCCAUUGGAUCCUCCUGUAAAUAUUCCCAGUAGAGACGGCGAUGGUAAACGCUGGUCAAGAGACAGAGAGGAGACGUCAGACAGUGCUGUUCCACCCAGACGCCCAUUCUUUCCAGAUAAAAGCCUCCCAGACCAGGAGACUCGCUUAUCACUCGAUCCAGGAGCUUUUAAGGGAUCUAAAGAUCUGCCUCUCGAUCAAGGUCCAAAGAAAGGCAGUUUACUGCCGGGUCCCAGAGAGUCUCCAAGUAGCAGAGGUGAAAGACAAGACCAGGACUAUCGAGACAUCGAUUACAGGACCAGUGCAGGACAGAAAUACGACUACAUCCUCGGGGAUCUUCAAACUCCUGAGAGGAAAGAGCCUAAACUGCCUCCAACUGAUAGACCAAGCGAUUCUGGUUCUCAGGACCAGGAUUACAGGAGUGCCGGUGUUCAGGAUAAGGUGUCUAAUACCAUUGCCAUCUCUGGAAUUCCCAAAACUGCUACAAUGCAGCAGAUACUGGAUGCCUUUGCAGUUCGUGAUGGUGUUCCAAUGCAAGGCAUGAAGAUUAAGGAUGUUGUUCCAGGUUACAGCUACGAUACGGCCUAUGUGGAGUUUUUAAACCUCGAGGAUGCUGUCCACUUCAUGGAGUCCAACCAGGGUUCAGUAAAAGUUGGAAAUAAGACUGCUCUGUUGAAGUACAUCCAGCCUGACAGAAACGCGAAAGAACAGCAACAGGAUCCACUGCCUAAACCUCCCCCGUCCAGCCAGGAUGGCUUACUGCCGAUUCCAGUUUCCCUCAAACCCACUAAUGUGAAGGAGGAAAGCUCCGGGAAGCCUCUGAAUGAACCCCUCCCGCAGGGAAUGUGGCAGAGAAGCUCCAAUUUGACUCCUGAAGCUUGGCAACAGCAGGUCGACAGACAGAUACAGGAGCAGGAGGCGGAGAAACAGGCGGAGGAAUGGGCCAAUCAGAGAGCUUCUCGUCACAACCUGCAACACUCCGACCCCAUCUUUAAAGAGAGCAAAACAAUGAUCAUUAAGAACGUGUUGCCCACCACCACCGUGGAGACAAUCCUGAAGGCUCUGGAUCCUUUUGCUUACCUGGAUGAGAGAAAUGUUCGUCUUGUUAAAGGGAAGGCCCCUGGAGCUAAAUGCUUCUGCUUUGUUGAUAUGGACUCCCAUGAGCAUGUGACAAAACUGGUGGAGCUGUUGAAUAAACCCCGCCCCAUCAUGAUAGAUGGAGUCCGAGUAUACGCAGAGGUGGCCAAACCUCUAAAGAACCAAAACUACCGAAGAGAAUUUGACAAGUCCAGCACUUCUCUUCUGGGUUAUCCCCCUGAGGUGAUGGAGCAGCACCAACAACAGCAGCAGCUGCAGCAACAGCAGCAGUACCUUCCUCAACCUUUACACCCAGCUGUAGGUCUUCCUCCUGCCAUGCAAGUGCAUCCAGUUGGAGCCGAUUCUGCCCUGACUUCAGACGCAUUACCGAGUUCAAGCUUAACACAAGGAGUCCUGUACUCUGAAGCUCCUGCUAUGGAGCCUUCAGUUCAGCCUCCUCAUCUCCAGGCUGUACCUGUACCUGACCCUGCUCUCGCUGCCUCUGCUGAUGGAACUGAACACUACACUUAUGGUUCAGAUGCUCCAGAUUUGUCUGCCUUCCUGUAUGAUGCUACAUCAGGCUUCUACUACGACCCCCAGACCACGCUGUACUAUGACCCCAAUUCAAGAUAUUUCUACAACGCUCAGACUCAGCAGUACCUGUACUGGGACAGCACCUCAAAGACCUACAUACCAGUAGAAGGUUCUGCUGCAGAGCCUCAGGAGCCGAGUGUAGAACCCGCUCCUGUAGUUCAGGCAGUGGCUGAGUUUCUGCCAGCAGCACCGUCCAUGCCCGUGGUGGAGGAGAUAAAGGUGGUUCCAGAGGGAGUUUCGGAGAGAAGGGAGGAUGAAGAAGCCGCCGCACGAACAGAAAAGAAAGAGAAGGAGAAAGAAGAUAAGCCUAGGAGCUUGGCAGCAUUCAAGAUCAUGAAAGAUAUGGAGCGCUGGGCCAAGAUCCAGAACCGGCAGAAGGAGACGGUUCGAGCUCCAUCUCCUGUCCUGAAGAGCGGAGCAGACGACAAGAAGACCUCCAAGGCAGCUGAUGCAGCUUUUGCUAUCUUUGAAAGAAAGGGCACAGGUGCAGAAGACUUAUUCAAAAAGCCUCUCGCUCCACCAAGGAAAGACGAGAAAGGAUCAAAGGGACCCAUGGGCUCUCUGGGCAUGCUGGCAGCUGACUACGGAGCGGGCAGUGACGAAGAGGAAGAGGACAAGCACGAGAAGCAUGAAGCACCGCAGCCUGCCAAGAGCCAGUCUCAGUCCGAGGAUAAGGAGGACAGACUGACGGACUGGAAGAAGAUGGCCUGUCUGCUGUGCAGGAGACAGUUCCCCAAUAAAGACGCUUUAAUCCGUCACCAGCAGCUCUCAGACCUGCAUAAGCAAAAUAUGGAAAUCCAUAUGAAGAUCAAACGGUCGAAGAGGGAGCUUGAAGCAUUAGAAAACCAAGAGAAAGAGCUGAGUCAGAAGGAGACGAGCAGUCCUCCUGAUACGAAGAGACGGAAACAGCAGAACACAUGGGCCGGCGGUUCCAGGGACUCACAGAAAGGUGGUGACAGACCAGGUUUAGGUCUGGAGACGACAGAGAAGAAGAAGAAAGAACCGGUGGUCUGGAACUCGGCUACGUAUAAGCAGGCAGUACGGAAAGCCAUGUUUGCUCGUUUUAAGGAGCUGGAAUGAUUGUUAUUAAGAGACUGAAGAGAACUGAAGAGUGAAAUGGACACAAACACACCCGCAGUAGAGCGUAUAUAUUUUAUUGGCAGCUCAUUCCAGACGUUAUUCUGCAAGUUAAGACGACGUGUGACUGAUUUCCCCUCUGUGUUCCGGUUCUGUGCCUGUAAUUAUGGACCAGUUUUCUCCCAGCAGCCAAACGUCCUCAGUUCUGCUUUAUCUGCCCUUUUCUAGCUCUAUUUUUCAGGGCUUUUAAACACUCGUACUUCACUUACUUGAUCUCGACUUUGUAUUGUGAUGACUUUUUUUUUUUUUUUUUAAAUGCCAAAAUGAAUCGGUGAGUUCAGUGUUUACAAGCUCACCUUACUGUUAUGACUGUCGUAGUCUUUGAGUCAAUAAAACUGUCUCUGUGUGACUGCUAACAUCU